CAGAAGAAGGGAGGAAAAAAACUGUCCAACCCCUCUGAAGAUUUCCUGUUUCACGAAAAGUGCACAUACUGUGAGUCAUAUAGGGCAAGGGCAAGUCCUGCCUGGUGUGUUUACUCUGCUUCUUCUGCUCGGAGCUGUGAAGGCGUCUGUUUUUUCGGCAGAGAGCAACAGGCGGACCGAAACAAAGUCCGCGACGUCUGGAUAUUAGCCCGUUAUCACGGCUUCGGUUAAUUAAUGAGAAAGAGAGGAGUGUGUAGUCCGUUUCUAAAUGGAGCUACUUCGGUUUUCCGCUUUUUGGUGUGGAACGAUACUCUUUGGUAGUAUCCUGCUCGGGGACACGGAGGCCAGUAUAAUGAAGGUAAAGAGGCUGUGCAAGUUCUGUGAUGUGCAGGCAACUACCUGCACAGGUAAGGGGAGCUGUAAGGUGGACUGCGAGAUCACAUCUAUCUGCCCCCACGACGAAGAUGUGUGUGUCAGUAUCUGGAGGAAGAAAGAUGACAAUAUCACCUUUGAUACAGUCUGCCACAACCCGGCUCAGAAGCUGUAUGGCCUGAUCUUGGAGGAUUACAACAACAGCAAGUGUGAGAUGAAAGAAAGAAAGGGCAUGGGUUCACAGUUCUUCAUCUGUUCCUGCUCUGAGGAUGAGUGCAAUGAGCAUGUCUUUUUUAACUCAAACAUGGAUUCCCAGGUGGUUGCAGUCAUCUUAGUGAGCCUGGUGCCUCUGCUGGUCAUGGCUGUUGUCGUCAUCACUUCCUUCUACUGCUAUCGGGUUUACCGCCAGCGGCAAGCCAGUUCCAGACGCAAGAAGGGUCCUCCACUGGACUUCAGCGAUGCUCACGCCAUCAUGAUAGACGACGAAGGUUCAGACAGCAGCUCUACACUCGCCAACAAUCUCAACCACAACACCGAGCUGCUGCCCAUCGAGCUCGACGUUCUGGUCGGGAAAGGACGCUUUGCGGAAGUUUACAAAGCUAAACUGAAGCAGGGCUCCUCAGUCAGCGAGGAGCAGGGCUUUGAGACAGUGGCCAUUAAGAUUUUCCCAUAUGAGGAGUACGCCUCCUGGAAAAAUGAGAAGGACAUCUUCUCAGAUGCAGACUUGAGACAUGACAAUGUGCUUCACUUCUUGACAGCAGAGGAGCGGAAGGUGCAGAGACAGUACUGGCUGAUUACAGCCUACCAGCCAAGAGGAAAUCUUCAAGAGUACCUGACUCAUCAUAUCAUCAAUUGGCACGACCUGUGGCUGCUCGGGAGUUCAUUAGCCCGUGGAGUGGCUCACCUUCACAGCGACCACACCUCCUGUGGUCGCUACAAGGUGGCAAUCGCGCACAGGGACAUUAAGAGCUCCAACAUACUCGUGAAAAACGACCUGACCUGCUGCCUGUGUGACUUUGGCCUUGCUCUCCGGCUGGACAACACUCUGUCUGUGGAUGAGCUAGCCAACAGUGGGCAGGUGGGUACAGCCAGGUACAUGGCCCCAGAGGUGUUGGAGUCGAGAAUCAACCUAGAAAACAUUGAGUCUUUCAAACAGGCCGAUGUUUACUCCAUGGCUCUCGUGUUGUGGGAGCUCAUCUCCAGGUGUAGUGCAAUUGGAGAGGUGAAAGAGUACGAGCCACCCUUCGGGAACCUGAGGGAACACCCGUGUGUAGAGAGCAUGAAGGACAGCGUUCUCAGAGACAGAGGAAGACCUGAGAUCCCCAACAGCUGGAUCAACCACACGGGCAUCCAGAUGGUGUGUGCCUCCAUAGAAGAUUGCUGGGACCAUGACCCGGAGGCCCGUCUGACAGCCCAGUGUGUUGCUGAGCGCUUUGAUGACAUGGAGUACCUGGACAAGCUGUCAGAUCGCUCUGACUCAGAGGAGAAGAUCCCUGAAGAAAUCUUUGUUGUGGAUGAGAAGUAGAGUUCAACAGAAACACUGCCCCCACCAGGGCAGCUGAGGAAUUACAACCAAGCAGCUGGGAGAGAAUGACCUUCCGGUGGAUGUAUUGUUUGCUAUGGGUUCAUCAGAGACGUGUGACCAAGGAGCAAACUGGAAAAUCAUGUUGAUGAAAGUGAACUGUUACCAGAGAUGAGCUCACAUGCAGUAUACAGAUCAGGACCAACAUAAAUAUAAACACCAGACUGACCUGAUUAGUUUUCUUCUUCAUGCUUCAAAGACUGAAUCAAGUCAUAAACAAACAGGGAAAUCCCAUUAUUAAGCUUUUUAACCAAAUACUAUUUGCACUUUAUCAAUAUCUAUGCACACCAAAUGAUAUAUGUAUAUGUAUUUAGUGUGUUUUUGACAAUACUUUUCAGGUAUAGGAAAUAAAGGGACAGUAUGUAUUUAGAAAAGGGGGUAAAAGGGAGUAAUGGAAAAAUAUUAAGAUACUUAAUAACACUAAAAAUAUUAGACUGCCCACAUAUGUUUCCCAGGGUGGCCUUGGAUAAGUGUCAAUGGACUGGAUGACAGAAUGACAGUGCAAGUAUAAUUUAUUGUGGCAUGAAAUAGAAAUUACCUGAAGAAAAGGAAUAGAAAACCCACCCAAGGCAGUUAUCUGCAGGGAAAGCUGAUAUCAAAUCUCAAGGACAAUGACCUGUAAAAUAAAGACGGCAAAAUCAGCCUGAAAGGAGAAAAGGGAACAGAUAGGUGUGUGUGUGUGUGUGUGUGUGUGUGUGUGUGUGUGUGUGUUGUGUGUUUGUGUGCACAUGUGUAUUACUCAGAGGACUCCGAUCCCAAAAAAGAAAGUCUGCUUAAUCAGACCAAGAGAAUAAGAGGAAGAGAGAUAUGUAUAAAGGACUCUAAAAUGGAGGAUCUAGCCAGCCUGCCUAUACGCCUUAAAGGCUGAACUUGUUUGUAGACGUUUUGUUACAAAAAAGGGAACUCGAGUUCAAAAAAUCAAUAUUAAAACUCAUUUUUGUAUAAAAGUGUAAAGUCAAUUAAAAGUGUUAUAGUA